CGGAGCAGCGGCCAUUGAAACGAAGCGGACAGUAGAUCUGAUGAGAAGAGCAUCACGGUAACGAGAUCACUGUUUACUGUAAAAGAUCCGACAGCAAUAGACUGCUUCUCAUGCUUUCUCCCCUGAAACAUCUGUUCAUGUCUCCAGUCUGAUGAAGAGAGGAAAUCAAUAGAUAACUGAACACGCAUGAGAUUGUUUUCUGCAAAUAAAGUCCAUAAACACGACAGGUGUAAAAAAUAAAAAAUCUGUGUUACGCUUCUGAAAAGAUGGAGUUAGUUAAAGAAGAGAGUGAAGAUGUGAGUGAUGAAGAAACUGAGGAACAGAGAGAUCUGCUGGAGGUGAAGGUGGAAAGCGAAGAAGUGAACGCAGUGGAGGAGGAUCACCAGAAGAUGAUAACAGAAGAACAAUCACAGACCGAAGAGGACUUCUCCCAGAAGAGGACCAGGAAAUCUCCGUUCAUCUGCCCUCAGUGCGGGAAGUGUUUCACCCUCAAAGUCAACCUCAACAGCCACAUCAGAAUCCACAGCGGAGAGCGAAGCUUCAGCUGUCUUCAGUGCGGAAGCAGCUUCUUCAAGAACGCAGACCUGAAGAGACACCUCCAGACUCACAGCGGAGAGAAGCCCUUCAGCUGCCCGCACUGCGCCAAGAGCUUCACGCGCAAGGAGAGCCUGGAGAACCACAUCAGGAUCCACACGGGAGAGAAGCCCUUCACCUGCCUCCUGUGUGACAAGAGCUUCAUCCGCAAGGGACACUUCAAGAACCACAUGAGGAUUCACUCCGGAGAGAGGCCUUUCACGUGUCACCAGUGCGGGAAGAGCUUCACACAGGCCACGAUCCUCAGAAACCACCAGCAUUCACACUCCGGAGAACGACCCUUCGGCUGCGACCGCUGCGCAAAGAGCUUCAUCUCAGCGAAGCACCUGAAGAUCCACCAGAAGAUCCACCAGAAGCUCUUCCUGUGCUCCUUCUGUGGAAAGAUGUUCUCACAGCUGGGUUACCUGAAGGAGCACCAGAAGAUCCACACCGGAGAGAAAGCUCACGUGUGUUCGGUGUGUGGGAACAGCUUCUCUAGAGCCAAGUACCUGAAGGAACAUCAGAAGGUCCAUACGGGGGAGAAACCCUACAAGUGCUCGCACUGCGACAAGAGCUUUAGUCAGUCGGGGAACCUGAAGAUCCACGAGAGAGUCCACACCGGAGAGAAACCGCACCGCUGCCCGCCGUGUGGACGGAGCUUCAUCACCUCCAGCGCUCUGCUCUCACACCGGAGGAACUGUCGCCAGAAGCUAUCAUAGUGAGUCAGGACAUCAGCAUCUAAAGGCACUGGACCGAACUUCUACACGCUGGAGAACAGCAGCUCUUUCCACCUUAAAUACUUGCAGUAGUGAUGUCAGACAAUGACAAUAAGUCUAUAAUUUUUACAUGAUAGAAAAAUGUUUUCUCAUCACAUUCAUUAAAUGAAUCACAGUUUGUGAGAGUGAGUUUAAAAGUAAGAAGCACAUGAGGAGAUCAGAAGAAUGUUGGAAACCUAACAAUUACAGCUUUGAUAUAAAUGAGGACCCUUUUAAUGCACAAAUUGUGUACUUAAUUGUGCAUUAAUCAGUUUAACUCGUGUUCACACUGAAUGGGGUCCCAUGAUGUGGUUUCAAGUUUUCUUUUCUCUCUGGAGUGUUAUAAGCUGUUAGUAGAUAAAGAUCCCUAAAGUUGCAAAGACUAAAGUCUAAACCAAAGAGAUAUUCUUUAUAAAAGUUAUUUUCAUAACUCUGCCCAAAUGUUUACUCGAAUGAG